AUGGCUCUGGCGGCCCUUUUGGCCGUUUCGGGCGCCGGCAGCGUUGGAUCCGAAAUCGUCCCGGCGGAGUGGUCAUGCCGCCGUCAGCCCCAGGUCACGGCAGAGGCCAUGCGGGAGCUGAAAGCCAAGGUGGGCCGCCUUGCGGAGAACACAGGCUUGCCGGCGAUCAUUUAUGAGGGCGACAAGUACACGCUGGUAUACAGAGACUUCCUGAUGCAAAAUGAGUGCCCGGCCGCCCGCUGGACCGUGGAGCUGCUGGCGGCGCAGCUCGCCGCCCAGCGGCUCCGGGCCGCGGCGGAGGCUUCGGCGGCGGAGGCGGCGGAGGCUUUGGCCUGGGGACUUGGCCCGGGGCCGGAGGCGCUGAAGGUGCUCUUUCGGCCCAACCGGGUGGUCCUCUUCCAGGCGCUGCUGUGGGGCAGCGGCGCCACGUGGCCCGCGGUGGCGCGGGGGAAUUGGGGCACCUUCGCGCUGCUGGCGUCCCUGAGCCGCGAGUUCCAACGGCUCCUCGGCGGCGAAGGCGAGGACGCUGGCUACUUGCUGCCCAUGCUGCGCGAGCGUCUGCUCAAGGAUAGCAAGGAGCUCGAACACGCCGAGCAGCUGCCAGAUCUCCUCGCCGCCAACUUGGAGCUGCUGCGCUCGGUGAACCGCAGUGAUUCUUCCUGGCCUUCUCUGGCGAAAACCGCCAGGCAUGUGGAGGACUCUCUGCGUGACUGGUCCCGGCGCGCGCUGAUGAGUGGUCUUCAGGUGGGCACAGUGGUGGCGCUUCUGCUGCAAGGCGGCGCCUUUUGGCGAGCCCUCGAUGCCCUGCUGCUUCCGGACUACGUGCAGCUCUGCCUGCCGCAAGCGCUCAACACCUUGGAAGUGCCGCCGGAGAGCUCGCCCUGCCGGCUCAGGCACUGCCGGCACUUCUGGGGCGCCUCGUCAUUGCAGGCGGCCCAAGUGAACUGGACCGAGGCCAUCUUUAAAGUGGAGCCCAGGAGGCGGCUGCUGAGUGACAAUCUCCGCAGCGAUUGCCGGCUGACCUGCUCUCCGAGGGUGCUCCAGGUUCUCCAGGCAGCCCAGAGUUUGCCGCGCUUCCGCUACGUGGACGUGGGCGCUGCGAUGGGCGAUUGUAUGAUGGUGGCAUCCUUCUUCCUCUCGCAGCGCCUCACUGGUGUUUCCUUUGAGCCUUUGCCCGGCCACGCGCAAAGCGCGCGCAAGACCUUCAUGCUCAACGGCAGGAGGAACCUGCGGCUGCGUUGGCAAGCACUGGGUCGCCAGAGCGGCCGUAUCCAGGGCCAGGUCUUCCACGGGGGCUUCGGGCACCAGGUCAAAGGCACCCCGCUGUCGGUGCCCAGCACCACCCUGGACAAGGCGCUCAGCAGCUUGCGAGGUGAGUUCAUCGACCUGCUGACGAUAUUUGUGAACCACUGGGAGGCAGAUGUGUUGGAUGGCGCCAGCACGCUGCUCCGCAGGAAGCAGAUCGGCUGCGUGCUGGUCUGCAGCUAUGGCUUCGCCAACUUCACGUCUGCGGCCGCCGAGCGGCUGUUGGGCUUCGGCUACGCGGUGGCCGGGCUGACGCAUGGACUCGUGCGCGGCUGCCCUCCCAGCGACGUGGGGUGCUGCGACGAGCCCUUCUUCCGGUGGUGGCAGCGGGUCGAGUCCGGACGUUCCGCGCGGAUUCCUGUGCUGGAGAAUUUGACCAUCGAGGAGGCUGGGGAGAAGAAGGUGGCCAGAGGAUUUACGACUUCGGAGCUGGAGGCCGCCGUGCAGCUGUGGUCCCACGCUGCCAAGGAGGAGGAGUGCGCGGUGUGCCUGCAGCUAAGCAGUCGCCCACUGCCGCGGGCCCAGUCCUGUCUUUCUGAGCGCGCGUAG